GUUGAUUUCGGAGACCUCUCAUCGAUAUCUCGUGACCCCCCUAGGAUGGGACCGAAAUACAGCAAGUCCCGCAUCUUACCUGACUUGAGACUGUGUGUGUCGCAUGGUUAAGUCGGAGGCCAGGACAUAUAUAACGUCUUUGCAUUGACGAUUGAAGCCUCACUUCCAGUUAAUCUCAUUCCUUACCCAGUACCUUCAGAUGUUUCCUUCUAAGACUCUCCUUUCUAUUCUCCUUAUUGCGCUGUCCGCUGUAGACGCAUCCCCCAUGCGUCGUGAAGCUGCGCUGACCCUCGCCUUCACCACUAGGAUGAACGCCAGGGCUAAUAAUAUCAACAUCCUUGACGCUGACAGGGCUCAUGCUCAGGCGAUGCAGCAUCCUAAUAUCAGCAAGCGUGCUAGCAGCUCCUCGUUCAGCAUAGCUAGUGCUGUCACGUCAUACACUGCCCAAGUUGGUAUCGGCAGCCCUGCCACUCAGUACACACUCAUCAUUGAUACGGGAAGCUCCAAUACCUGGGUGGGCGCAAAAACUGCAUACAAACGCACCAAUACUAGUGUGGCUACUGGUAACUCUGUCUCCGUCUCUUAUGGUUCCGGCAGUUUUUCCGGAGAGGAAUACUUGGACACAGUCACUCUCAGUUCUAAUUUGGUCAUCACCGGACAAUCUAUUGGGGUCGCAAGCAGUGUACAAGACCUUGACAACGCUGAUGGAAUCCUUGGUGUCGGACCGACUGACCUGACGCAGGGCACCGUUUCCAAUGUUGAUUCAGUCCCCACUGUCACCGACAACCUCCACAGCAAGGGUAAAAUUGGCACCGAGGCACUCGGAGUCUACUUUGCUCCUGGUGGCAGCGCUGGCGAGCUCACCUUUGGUGGCUUCGAUAGCUCAAAGACAACGAGCUCAGUGAAAUACGUUCCUCUCACAACCACGUCGCCUUCUAGCGAAUACUGGGGUAUCGAUCAAUCGAUCACCUAUGGUAGCUCUACCAUUUUGUCCGCGACUGCUGGUAUCGUCGACACUGGCACCACCCUCACUCUCAUCGCCACUGAUGCAUUUAAAAAGUAUCAGUCUGCUACUGGUGCUGUGUUAGAUAACAACACUGGUCUCUUGAUGAUCACCUCCGAGCAGUAUUCUAAAUUGCAAACCCUGAAGUUCAACAUUGGUGGUACUUCCUACGGUCUCACCCCCAACGGCCAAAUCUGGCCCCGCUCCCUUAACACUGACAUCGGUGGUAGCAGCAACAACAUCUACCUUGUCGUUAAUGAUAUCGGUUCUAACUCUGGCACUGGUCUCGACUUCAUCAACGGUUACUCAUUCCUUCAACGCUUCUACUCUGUCUACGACACCACUAACCACCGAGUCGGCUUCGCAACUACUUCGUCUACCUCUGCGGUCUCCAACUAAAAUGAUCAUGUAUUCAUCUGAUGCUCAUACCCAGAGUGAAUAUUUAUAUUAGAUGAGGUUUAUAUUUGGAGUCGAUGGAGGUGUUGGUUGUUUGGGAUAAUAGGGUGUUGCGAGUAGGGUUUCGAUGGCACGUCAUUCGUUGAAAUAUAUCCUACAAUCAUUACUUUUCGAUAUUUACAAGACUACUCAUAAUUGCAUUUGAACAAACA